UGCCACGCGUACCGUGUACCCGGAAGUACAGUUAGUGAGCUGGCUCCCCACAGUCAGGAAGGAUAACGAUACAGCUCCGGUUCUUUCAGUUGCACCGUCUAAGUGUGCAGUGUAAAGUGUGAUGAAUCAAAGCUCCGGAAAAUGGAUUACCUGUGAGUUUCUACAGCGGGAAGGAUUAAUGCGAUGAAGUGCAUACUGAUUAGUGAAAACUUGGCUGGAAUCAUUUUUAGUUAAUCGAGUUGAAUAAUUCGUGGUUUCGCGCGCAAAAACCAAAUCAAUAUGAAUCCUGUGUGACAGGAAACGAGAGCCACAAUAUCCGAAAAAUAAUUGGAAACUGAACAUGAAACAGUUGCUGCAUAAAUGAUAAUUGCGAUUGAAUUGCUGCCAAAAAAUUGGUUAAUACACGCGAAAGCUCGAGUCUGACUCAAUUAUUGUGUGAUAUCCUUAUUAGUAGCAGUGGUUUUUAGACGUCACCCGUGAAAAAACAGAAACAAAUUGAAUACAGAAAGUCAUCGUUCGACUUUGUAUGGUAAUUGAAAAAACAACUAUAGUGUGAAAUUGAUUUCCAUUCUGGGACAAACAAAUGGCAAUUCAAAUACACCUAAUAAACGAAGGGAUUCACCCCCGAAGGUAUCAAAUGAUAGUAGUUUCCCCACUUCCCACUGUGACAAAAAUCUUUAUUACCUACGGGAUACAGAUAGUUUACUAAGGCAAUCGGAACCGACCCGAUUGUUUUGGUUAGUUCGAAUGGACAUUGCCUGAUUCGUGGGUCAUGUCUCUGUCCUAGCCGAUUUCAAGUGAGAGAAAAAAAGAAAAACAAGAAUCCUAAAGCAAACAACAGCUUGGUCAAUCGUCGUACCUGAAAGCCUGGUCAGCCACUGCGGAAGUGAAACGAAACAGAUAAAACUAAUUUAAUAGUUCCGCUUGUGAUCAGAAUGGGUUGGGUUGAGCGCGGUGGGAUGAGUCCUAUCGCCUUUCACCUUCUGGUGUUCGAUAACGAAAAAGCUUCAUUAUGAUUCAACAAAUGCCUAUCUAUGGGGCUAAAGCAACGAAGAAAAAAUAAAUAAAUAGACAGGUGCAGUGAAAAGUGCAACGGCAAACCGGUGGGACCAAAAUACAAAAAUAAAUUUACCAUUCAAGCAGGUAAUCGAUAUUGAUUCCUAUUCCACCAACCGCCCCGGUCGGUGUUUCCGGGCUGUACAAAUUGGCGCCACGUUUGGGCAACCAAAGCGAACACGGAAAGGCGGAAAACCAGAUUGAAAACAAACAUCUUCCCACCGCAGCCAAUUCACUCUCCUACGGGCCCUCCACAGAAAGAAAAAAUCACGCCAACAUAAGAUGAAAGUAUUCGACAUAACGAUCGGCAAACCUUCGACACAUUCUCCCGUGGACUCGGACGCGGUGAGCAUAACGGUCGAAGGACCCAAGGCGCAUCGACGCUGCACCACACGGAAGGAUGCUUCGUCGCGACGCUCUUCACCGUCGAUUGCCAAUUCGUACUCGCGCCCAUCUCACCAGUCCGAGUCGGAAAUCGUGAUGGCUCCGGAGCGGACACAACGAGUAACCAUAUAUGGCUGUAUCAAGUUUAAUCCUAACACGAGGAAUGGUCGCCGGUGGUUCAUGUGUCACAUGAUGCUAGUACUAAUGGUCCCAAUCUUGGCCGUUAUAGUGCAAAAUGCCACUCUACUCUACCAGCAGACAAAUAAAUACGAGACAACGAAGCGCAUAGAUGAAGAAGUUCGAAUGACGAUGAGUAUGGCAAUCCUGGUAAGUGCUGUACAACAGGAACGGAGACUGCUUUCUUACUUCGUGCUAACCCGGAAAAACCGGUCCGACGUGGAGCAAGCAAUAAACCAAACCGACUCCGUUCUGGAUCGUCUUGUCCUCAGCAGCCACGAGAAGACGAUCGAGUUUAACGAGGCGACAAACCAAACAACGCUCGGAGAUCUAAGCGAAACGAGGGAUUUAUUACUAAGUUUUCUAACACCGGAAGAAAUCAAUCAAACAUCAUGCAUAUCGUUCUUUAAACCCUACAACGAACUCAACCGUCAUCUGGUGGACCAAAUCAGCCAAAGUGUGGGUUUCUUCCUGAGCGGGACUGUCUGGCGGCAGCUAGUCGUGUACAAAAACAUCAUCGAGGCUGCCGAAAAUAUCAACAUCGCCACCAUUCUGGUGCUGCAAUUCAUCGCUCGAGGCAGCCUAAGUUUGGAUGAUUUUGCCCAGUUCGUGCGCCGGGAUGCGGCUGCCAUGGACCAUCUGCGGGUGGCGGAGAAUUUUAUGACCACCAUUACGAUCACGAAGGGAAAGGACUUUCACGUCCUUAACAAAUGGCGCCGGCACGUGCUUGUGAACUCGUCCACGGAGGAGCGGGAGGAUGCUUUCGUCGUAUACUAUCAAUCGGUUCACAGUUUCGUGCGAAACCUGGAAUCCCUUCAAUCUAACCUGCAGUCGAUGGUUCAGGACACGGUGGAAGAGGAGAUGCGAAGUGCCCGCUUGCAACUGUUCUUUUCGUUUGGUUUGGUGCUGUUAACUGUACUUGUCAGCCCGAUGCUAGUUUUGAUGGUGAUAAAUGCCACUAACACUAUUCAGGAUUUUUCAACCCAACUGGUGACUCGAACCUUGGAACUGCAUACCGAAAAGGGUAAAGCGGACCGUUUGCUCUAUCAGAUGCUCCCGCCGGCGGUGGUGCGUCAACUCAAGCAACAGCGGCAAGUUCCUGCCGAAACGUUCGAAUCUGUGACCAUAUUUUUCAGUGACAUUGUUGGCUUUACCUACAUCUCGGCUGUCAGCAGUGCGAUGGAGGUGGUUACCAUGUUGAAUACUCUCUACCGGUUGUUCGAUUCGAUUAUUCUGAAGUACGACGUCUAUAAGGUGGAAACGAUUGGCGAUGCCUACAUGGUAGUUUCCGGUUUGCCCCAGCGAAACGGAGACAAACAUGCCGGUGAGAUUGCGAUGAUGUCCUUGGAUCUUUUGUGUGGCAUUCCCGGGUUUAUUAUACCGCACAUGAAAAACCGUACGCUCGAAAUCAGAGUCGGUAUUAAUACUGGACCGUGCGUGGCGGGUGUAGUAGGAACGACAAUGCCAAGAUAUUGCCUUUUUGGUGACACAAUUAAUACGGCAUCGAGGAUGGAAUCCACCGGUGAACCGAUGAAAAUUCACAUAUCUGAGCACACAAAAGAGGUACUUGACAAACUGGGCGGGUUCAAGAUCAAACGUCGAGGAUCGGUGGAAGUCAAGGGCAAAGGAAGCAUGGAAACCUUCUGGCUGCUGGGGCACACCGUUUACGAACAUCUGUCGCCAGAGACGGCCAUUCCCAUAUACAAGCCCGGCAUCGUAACCGAGCCGGAAUUCCUGCAUAUUAUAUCUUGAGCAUGUCAGGGUGAUGUCACGGAGAAUCUAGCGCAAUAAUUAUGUAGUCGGUUGCUCCUCCGGUGUUACAGUUAGCGAUUAUUCGUUCGACUUUCGGUAAUUUUAAUUAGUGUUUACGAAAUAACAUGUUUUGUUAAAAGGUACUCAUGUUUGAAGUGAGUUACGUGUAUGUUCGGUAGCAAACCUGUCGGAUAAACUCUGGGUCCAACAUAUCUUAGCUGUUUUAUUUGUGUGUAGGCGCGAUGAAAACUGAACGUUUAGGCAAAUAAAGGUAUUCCCUUAAAUGUA